ACUUAAAUUGUACCGGUGUGUGUUUUUCUAGGUGAAAUUUGGAGACGGGGAAGGUGUUAGACCGCCGCGUCAUCCAAGAGUGGGUCGGAGCGUCCAUCUGUCAGUCACCUGCCUGCAGAUGGUGACGCUACCGUUGACGCCACGCCACCACCCGCGCCCCUCUCCUACAACCUCUACCACCUUCUCUUCUCCCCCAAGAUUUAUCCUACAAUACAUGACCCCAAGUGGUUUAUAUUCAAAUUCAGUUCUGGAUGUGCAUCUCGUUUAAAAGAGUAAUGAACAAGAUUCUUCCUCUUAGGAAAGGUUCUAGGAUUGCCAGUAGAACUAGACUGUAGAAAAGGUGUUACCAUGGAAGAUGAAUGCUUAUCCCUGACUUGGAAUAACCAUGGUGCUACUUAUAGGCAGACUUUAAGUGUUCUUAGACAAGAGAACACCCUGACUGAUGUUACCCUGGCAUGUGAUGGGCAGAAGUUCGCUGCACACAAGUUGGUGUUGGUCACCUGUAGUGAUUAUUUCCGGACCAUUUUGGGUGAUAUACCAUGUCAGCACCCAAUUGUAUUUAUGCGAGGAGUGGCUGCACGAGAGAUGCAAGCUUUAAUAGACUUUAUGUAUACAGGGCAAACGGAUAUACCCCAAAAGGAAGUGCCAACUUUACUUUCAACUGCAGAAGCACUACAGAUCAAAGGUCUUGGUGUCUACACUGCUAGUGAAGGUUCUGAAACAGAGAGACUUAACACAAGAAAAGAAAAAAGUUUAGGAACGAAAAAAAGACGAAUUGAGCCUCCUGUUGUGCUUAAUGGCUCCAAUGAAGAAAGUGUUAGAAGUGGUGGUUCAAAAAAUUCUUUCUCUAAAGAUGAUAACUUUCUUGAAAAUCUCUACAGUCAUCAUUAUGCUCUCAUUCCAUCCCCAAAACGAAGAAAGGCUGAUGAAAAGACAACUAUUAAAACACCUGAAUAUGUAGGCAAACCUCUUAAUACCCAAUAUUUUGAUAAACCAUCCCCUAAAGAAACUGCUCCGCUAUCUGGAAAAGAUUCCUGCCAAAAUAAUCCAUCUACAAUGCCUUCCAGUGUGCUUGGUGAUUUCUUGCAUAGUAGGCAGCCAGACACUUCCACACCUAUAACAUCUUCAUCUCCCACUACUACAUAUAUUUCAUCCUCGCCGCCACCACAGUCUCUUCCUGAACACACUUUCAAGGACUCUGUUGCAUCACAUAACACAGAGACCACCAAACAGAGGAUUUCUGAACGACGUCCAGCUCCAAGCCCUUCAAGCCAACAGCCUCUUCUUGAUCCAAGACCCGAGGCAAAAACAGCAUCACCACGAGCACUUAAUUACUCCCUUGCUGGGCUUGGGGGAAGCAGAGAAGAUUUUGGUGUUGGUUCUCUUGGACAUAUGUUUGACGAGUCAAAUUCUGGACUUGCAGAAACACCAGAAAAAUUGAUGAAACCUGAAAUAAAAGAAGAAGCCUUAGAUUUCAGUAGUACCACAAUGUCGGAGAAUCUUCAUGGUGACUCGGUGAAUUCUGCUCUUAAUGCAAACAGCAUAGAAGAGGAAACACGCAUGUACCUUGAUGCUUUUGCACGAAGUGCCAACCUAUCCAGGAAGCAUACAUCAGAUGAUGCACUGGAAACUGCUUCAGUCGAUGGUCGACCAUUUGUGUGCCCCAUUUGUCAAAAGUGUUUUGCUAAAGCUGCCAUUCUAAAAAGGCACCACCUUGCACACUUUCGGCCCUAUGUGUGCCAUUUAUGUACUCGCUCUUUUACAAGGCGCGAAGUCCUUGCCGAACAUCUUCUGGAACACAACGGUGCCGAUCUGCGAAUGCCAUGUCCUGUGUGCAGCAUGACCAUCAAGCGCAAGCGCAACUUACAAGCACACAUCAAAGUGAAGCAUCCAGACUAUUACAGGGAGAAAAUUGCAAGUAGACAAGCCAUGUGCUAAAAUUCAGUCAGACAGCUGUAAGGUACAGUUUUGCUUUUACAGUAAGUGUGGUUACUCACCUUUUGAUGCAUUUUUAUUACAGAAGAACUACAAUGACAAAUAAGUGUCUAGUCACUAAAUGACUAGAAACUUAAAAAGGAUGCUUCCACAUCUCAGGCUAAUGGAGUCUGUUCCAAAAGUAUUUUUUUUUAUUCCUAUGAAGAUAGUAUAGAAUUAAAUACAACGUACUUUAAAAGCAUUAUUAAAGACAUUUUAUAAUUAUUACAAAGUCUUUAUCUUUUUUACAAAGUUAGUACUAGUGGGUUACAUUUUCAUCAUCACCUUGAGUGAAACUCAACACAAAGCUACCCGAUUCACCUCUCUUGGAGUGAAUAUAGUUAUGCAGAAUAUUAGAGAAAUGACAGGAAAGGGGAAUUAGAUCAGUUAAGUGUUUGGACUUCAAUACUUUGAGUUUGUGCUUUUGCUUAAAGCUGGCAAGUGUAGAAUUAGUAUUGUAAGGUACAUGAUGUCAUUACCAGUGAUGAGCAUGUCUUGCCCUUAACUGGGCUCUUAUGUACCAAACUAAUCUCACCUUGGUUGAAAAAAAAAAAAAGAGUUGGGUAUAUUAUGUCAUUUACAGUUUUAAAAAAGUUUUGUACAUGUGACAAAUUCAGUCCUGUGGGGAAGGGUGGUAGGUAAACCAGGCUUCACAAAUACCGUCCACAAGGUUUGCUUAACUCUUUGACGGCUAAUUAAAAAAAAAGUGUUUAAUCUCCCCAAGGCUGGAUUUUUUUAUUUUAAAAUAAAAUAAAUACCUGUGUACUUCUACACUAUAUGAUUAACUUUUGACAUAUUAUCACAAAUUCAAAAUUUGUUGCUUGCAAUAUAGUGGUUGCCAAUUUUUGUUCUGUAAAUGCACAAAAUUUAUGUUUUAUGGAGGACCAGACACAACACUUGGUUCUUGCUUGCUGUCUGAAAUGAGACCACAUAAGGGGCAUAACUAGCCAACCUUCGUGGUGCUAUAAAGAAAAUGUCAUAAUACACGUCCAAAGAAUGCCUGAUCAACUGGGCUCGCAUCAGGCUGUGAGCAUCUGUGUAGCAGUCUGGUUGACCAGACCACCAACCAAGACUCACAGUCAGAGACUGGGACGUCAGAACAUUAAUUUGCGGAACCAACUCAAAGUAAGCCGUGAUUGGUAUUCAUGGCCAGUGAUCAAAGGAAGUGUUGAAUGGUAUGCCAAUGGUGAAAGACAUUACAGUACAUUUCUUCUGGCAGCAAAAUCAACUCUUUCUAUAUAGAGAGUUGAAAAUAAUUAUAUUAUAUUAACAAAUCCAUGUUUGGCAAAACUUCCUAUUGUACUUUGAUAUUUUUCUCUAAAACAGUGUUUAUCAUGAAAAUAAUACAGGUAACUAUCAAAAUCUAUAUGCCGAGUACUUUUUGUUUUGAGUUAUGCGCACAGUUAAAUUGUACACUUUUCGUACACUGUAAACUACCGACAGGUUUCCUUAAACAUAAUGUUACUAUGUUCUUACACAUAAGUAUGUGAUGAAGGGAAUUUUUUUCCACAUAAAUGUCAUGUCAUUAUGAUGAGUUAAUGAGAAAAAUACUACCGGUUCAAGUUUGAUUUAAGACGAGAAUAAACCACUGAUAAAUCAGUAUACAGUAUCUUGCUGGGGCAAGCUGCCCCAAACAAUAAUCAGUGUAUGUAACCUUCAAAGAAUUAACAGCAACAUGCUGUAAUAGGUAUACUUGACCUCAGGUGAAGAUUAUAUCCUGUACUCUAUCCAGUCUUGGUAAUCAUCUGGAGGUUAUCUCGAGAUGAUUUCGGGGCUUAGCGUCCCUGUGGCCCAGGCCUCCUUUUUGUUACACACCCCCAGGAAGCAGCCCGUAGCAGCUGUCUAACUCCGAGGUACCUAUUUACUGCUAGGUAACAGGGACAUCAGGGUGAAACAAAAAUCUGCCCAUUUGUUUCCGCCUCCACUGGGAAUCGAACCUAGAACCUCAGGGCUACGAAUCUGAAGCACUGUCCACUCAGCUGUUAGGCCCCUUUUGGGGGGUACUGUAACUAGUAUUACCCCCAGGUAAUACUUGUUCUGUACGGUACUAUGAUUACAAUCAUGUACCUAAAGUGUUAAAAUACAAAAAUCCAAGCCUACCUAAAAUGUUCAGCAUAUUACAGUAUUCUGAAAACUUGUAAUGUAAAUCUUGUGAGGUUUAUUACAGCAUUAUUAUAUGGGUAAUCAUUGAGCCUUUCUUUACAGCAGCCAGACAUUUAUUUUUGUUAUACACAAAUUGCUUGGGAGCAACUUGGCAGACUAUAUUACCAUCAUGAUAGCAUCUUGAGCAGCUUUUCUUCUUUCUUUUUUUGUAGAAUAAUGAAAUUAUUUGGUUUAAUAUUAUAAACUUUAAAAAUGUGCGCCUAAUAUUGAUUACCGAGUAAUAAUAAUUACUACUUAUGAGCCAUUACUACAAUCAGCGGUUAAGUGAAUCAGAGGAAGGAAAGUCAGAUUUCUUCAACAUGGAUGUCACAGUCUUCUUUAUUAUGCAUUAAAAGCUUAUGUUCACUUUAAGUUUACAUUACAUCAAACUUUUUCAGCUAUAUCAAACUUGUCAUUCUGUAAGUACAGUAUAAAGGUAUUUUAAAGUUAUAGGUUUUAUAAUUUAAAUUCUGUAUGCAAUCCUUUAUACUGUAUUUGUUUACUGAAUUUGCAUAGCAGAAAUGACCAUGGUAGAAAAUUGUAUUGAUGUAGAAUGAAAUAGAAAGGCUGAAAUAAGAUGUUUAUUAUUAAUUGAAUUAGACACAUGUUGAAAAAGGUGUACAGGCAUAAAAAUGACUUAUAAACAGAUUCUCAGUACAGUUCAAAAUAAAACAAAUAAGGAUAAGAUUUAUUGGAAGGCAAGUGGCAUCCUUCUAGGGAAAGCGAAGCACAUGCAUACUUUACAAAGGCUUAUGUUGAGCAUCCAACUAAAUGCUAUGGUGUCAUAUUUUAUGUGUAAUGGUGGUUUUGGUAGUGAAACCAGAUUGGGGCCCCUUAGAACUUUCUCCAGACACUAGUCACAUUUCCUUGGUAGGUUUAGCAAGCUUAGUUACAAUAUUAUAGAUGGAGCAAAUAAUUCCCCUUUCCUCCUAACUUGCCAACACGUUGACUCUUUGGCCCUGUUCUUUCCCAUGCGUAUCUCCAUCACUGUCACAAACUUCAUUAACAGUCUAUUCACCUCGGCUCCAGGAGACUCGACAGUCCAUCUUUGCACUUUAUCCCCCGUCUUUGUCCCAUCUCUUUCCCCCAGAAAAUGUAUUAAUGAAAAGCACUGAUACAACUGUAUGGGUCUCAGAAAAUUUAUUAUGAUGAAGUUCUGAAAACUAUGGGGAAACACACCAAAUAUGUCACACCUGACUCCUUACAUACGGAGGUUUCUAUAAAUGCUAAGCUGACCCCUGCCACCCUAUGUCUGUGCCGUACACAAGUUCUGCAAAGUGGGCCGAGGCUGAAUUCCAAACAUCUGGCCUCCGUCCUUUGACACGCACUCUCUCUCUUAAUAUAUUGUCAUGUGCGACAAUAUUAUCAUUUUCUAAUAGCUUCCCUGGAAACACAAACCAAAACUGUCUCUAUUUUCCGCUUGUUACAACUUGUAAUAAAGUUGUUACAUCUUGGCGUAACGUGUUUAUGACGUAUUAGAACAUUGUUAUAACUUGCUAUAUUGGUUGUUAUAACUGGUUAGGAGGUGUUAAAACUUGUUCGAAUGUUGUACCAACGUCGUAGUUUUGGCGGGUUACACACAAAAAAAAAUUCUUGGUACUAAAUAUAAAAUUUAUGUUAUACAAGGAGAUAUUUGCAUUGUUCAUACGUGUAAGACCACAAUAUUUAUCUUUGACUUUGCUGAUAUAUAUUUUGUUUAAUUAAAUAGAAUUAUUCUGCAUAGAAUUACACUUAAAAUACAGAUGGCAGUUAUGAAGACAGAGUUAAUGCAUUACCUUUUGAGCCUGUAUUUUCCCUGGCACUAAAUAGACAAGAAAGAAUUGCUAACUGUUUUAACAUUGCCAUACUGCUUGACUGGUGCUGUUUGUAUACAACACGGUACUUAAUUUAUUUAUAGUUUUCUUUUUCAAUUAUGCUCUCAAUUUCUAAUAACACAAUAUACGUCUCACUUGUUCAUUUUGACUCGACGACUUGCAAACCCAGGAAUGUGAAAAUGGUAAUUUACAAUGUUAUGCAUUUUAUAUACCUCCUCUUAUGAGUUUUAUAUUUGAAAAAUUCCUUUGUCGUGAUUUUUUUUUAUGAAAAUUAUUUUGUACGUUUAACAAUCGAAUAUUUCCUAGUCAUUUUCACUACUGACCAUAUACAAGCUUUCAGUUUCUUUGCUGCUAUGUUGAAUACUUUAAGAGUUCUUUUUAUUUAAACUUUAAAUUGUUAAGGACCCUCCUGCCUAUUUUCAAGUAUUAGGUAACAUUUUAGUGUAGAGCAAUAUAGCAGUACUUUUUCCCAUAGACAAACAAUUAAGUGAUCAAUAUUGAUGAAACAAAAAGUUGGUCCAUAGGUUUCCACUUCCAGACACUUGGCAUUUACAUCUUUUGUCUUCCAAACAAUAUAAAAUAUUUGUAAUCUGCUUAUGUGAAGAAUGAAAGUUGUUCAGACAGGUUGACUAAAGUACCUUAUUAAAGGUAAAUUGUUUUAAUAAUAUAUAUAUUUUAAUUUUUAGGUGGUGAAAAGGAAGAGAGUAAGUUAAGCAUUUGCUGUACUGUAUUUAGAUAAAAAAAAAAAAAUUUACUGAAUUGAAUUCUCCUUCCUUUGUCUUAUAUUUUAGCUAUAUUUAUGGUUUACGAAAGGUGAAUACCCGUACUUAGUUGUGCAUAUAAACAAGCAUUGUUCUUGGAAUGUAAUGUCUUUUUUUUUUUUUUUAUCUUGGAUUUGUUGAAAUUACAUUAAGAAACUUUAGGCUCCAGAAAUACUGUAUACAAAAAGAACAUACUACUAGUCGUAAAAAAAUAUACAUAAAAUAAAAUUAGAUUGUAAUACAAUUUUCAUAAAAAUGAUAUAGGUGGUGAUGCACCUUUGUGUGAUGGCGCCCUUCUGUAAGACCAGUUACCUAGACUGGAGCCUCAGUUAUGUUGGUAGAAUUUAUUGUUGCAAAUAGUAUAUAAAAGGUUUAUACUGUAGUGAGACGUCAUGCUUGCAUGCAUGAGGGAUCACAUUUAAUGCAUCAACGAAUAGUAGCUUUAGUUAAUUUAUUGUACUUUUGCUCAAACUCAUUGUAUUUCUCAUUUAAGCUUAUUAAGGCAACUUUUCUUUUUGGGUGAAGACAGCAGUGGGGUGACAGCUAAAUGAAUUACAUUGAGUUCUUGCAGAAUUCAGCUGUAUUGCCCCAGCAUCAUAUGAUCUCAUCAGUCCAAUCAUUAGGCUCAUAUUUUUGUAAUACAUUUGUAAUUUUGGGUUGACUUUAGUUUAUACAACCGUUUAUCAAUUGUUGCAAAACUGUUUAAUGUGUCACUAAGUGACACUUAAGGAGGGUGUGUGCAUUGCUCAAUACAGGCAUAAAAUAAACAAAUAUUUUCAUAUUUGUAACUUAUUUAAGGUGACUUGGUCUUUAUUGAAUACAACACACGUGUGCAUUAUUGUGAAGAGGCACAAAUACUGCAAAUGCUGCAUACAAGAUGGCCUAUUGCUUGGCUUUGGAAUCCUUAUGUCUUCCAUUAUCAGAAGUCAUCUUUUUUUACAGCUAAUGGGAGUCAAACUGCAUAUAUUCAUAUAAUAAAUUUGCUCAAUCCAUAUGAAAACAAUUGGGUCAAAAAAGCAUGUGAGCCAUCUGUUUGUUCUGGCAGUAUAUAUGUAGUUAUUUUUCCAAUAAAAACAUCUUAUAUAA